UCAGGUCCGCAGCUUCAGUCAGCGUUACCGGAAGUGCCGUCCCUCUCGCCUUCUCUGCCUGUGACCACCAUGGCCGAUGUACAAGUGGCGGCUCCCGGGGACUGUGAUGCCAAGCUGAGCAAGAAUGAAUUAAAAAGGCGGCUUAAAGCAGAGAAGAAGGCUGCUGAAAAAGAAGAGAAACUGAAGGAGCAGCAUGAGAAAGUGGCCAGUACGGAAGCGGACGCUAUAGACGAGGAAAGUCUCGACCCCAACCAAUAUUACAAGAUCCGCACACAAGCCAUCCAGCAGCUGAAAGGUACAAAGGACGACCCUUAUCCCCACAAGUUCCACGUGGACUUGUCGCUCACAGAAUUCAUAGAGAAGUACAGCGGCCUGCAGGUGGGCGAUCACUUGCAAGAUGUUGUCAGCGUGGCAGGCAGGAUCCAUGCCAAGCGUAUUUCUGGAGUCAAGCUGAUCUUCUAUGAUCUACGCGGGGAGGGCAUGAAGCUGCAGGUCAUGGCAAACUCCAAAUUUUACAAAUCUGAGGAAGACUUUAUAGCGGUCAAUAACAAGCUACGCCGUGGGGACAUUAUCGGAGUGAGAGGGAACCCUGGGAAAACCAAAAAGGGAGAGCUGAGCAUUAUACCUGUGGAGAUCACCCUCCUGUCGCCCUGUCUGCACAUGUUACCUCACCUGCACUUUGGGCUGAAAGACAAGGAGACCAGAUUCCGUCAGCGGUACCUGGACCUCAUUCUCAAUGACUAUGUGCGACAGAAGUUUAUUGUCCGAGCAAAGAUGAUCACCUACCUCCGCAAAUUUCUGGAUGACUUAGGGUUCCUUGAGAUUGAAACGCCGAUGAUGAACAUAAUUCCUGGAGGAGCCGUCGCCAAACCGUUCAUUACUCACCACAAUGAGCUAGACAUGGACCUGUACAUGAGAAUCGCCCCGGAACUGUAUCACAAGAUGCUGGUGGUCGGUGGCAUUGAUCGUAUUUAUGAGGUUGGCAGACAAUUCAGAAAUGAAGGCAUAGACUUGACCCACAACCCAGAGUUCACGACCUGUGAAUUCUACAUGGCCUAUGCGGACUACAAUGACGUCAUACAGAUCACGGAGAAGCUGCUCUCAGGUGAGUGCAAAGAGGAAACCCGCAAGAUCCUAGAUGACAUCUGUACGGAGAAAGCUGUUGAGUGUCCAGCUCCCAGGACCACUGCAAGGCUCCUAGACAAGUUGGUUGGAGAAUUCCUGGAAGUAACCUGCAUUAACCCAACCUUUAUUUGUGACCAUCCUCAAAUCAUGAGCCCGCUCGCUAAAUGGCACCGGUCUGAGAAAGGGCUGACGGAACGGUUUGAGCUGUUCAUCAUGAAGAAAGAGAUCUGUAAUGCAUACACUGAAUUGAAUGACCCGAUCAGGCAGAGGGAGCUGUUUGAGGAUCAGGCGAAGGCCAAAGCAGCAGGUGAUGAUGAAGCAAUGUUCAUCGAUGAAAACUUCUGCACUGCCCUGGAGUAUGGGCUGCCGCCGACAGCUGGCUGGGGAUUGGGCAUUGACCGGUUGACCAUGUUCCUUACAGACUCCAAUAACAUUAAGGAGGUGCUGCUGUUCCCGGCCAUGAAACCUGAAGAUAAUAAGAAGGAGCCCGCUCCAAGCUCCGGUACCUCCGUGUAAUCCUGUGGACCGUCUGAUUUUAUGAUGUUUAAUAUGUGUUUGUCUCUAUGCGCCAAAAUACAGUUCUAAACUGCUUUAUACAGAAAUAAAUUCUACAAACUGUG